AUGGCUACCCCUAGUGUCCUGGCUUUUGACGCUGAGGGUCGCGCCAUAGACUUUGAGGUCUGGGUAGACUACCUGCAGUUGUUUUUACAGUGCGAUAGGGCAGACGGCCUCUCUCUCUUUGACCUUACCUCUGGCGCCUCUCCUGCUCCUGCUGCUGAUGCUGAUCCCACUGUGCGCUCUCAGUGGGCCACCCGCGAUGCUGCUGCACGUCUUGCUGUGCGUUGCCACCUCCCUACCUCUGAGCGCGCGCACUUUAGUCAGUACAAGAGUGCUCAGACCUUGUACGACGCUGUAGUUGCGCGCUACUCCUCCCCUGCCACUGCUGCACUGAGCCGUCUCAUGCUUCCCUACCUCUUUCCUGACCUCUCUGCCUUUCCCACUGUCGCUGACCUCAUUACGCACCUCCGCACUAGUGACACUCGCUACCGCGCCGCCCUUCCUGCUGAGUUCUGCGCUAAGAACCCACCCCCCAUGUACAUCGCUCUCUACUACGUAGUCGCGCGCCUCUCUGACUCCCUUCGCGUCGUCAGGGACCACUUUCUCGCAGUCUGUCCCACCACCCUCACCGUCGACGUCCUCGAGAAGGCCCUCCUCACAGCGGAGAAGAGCAUAGUCGCUGUAGGAGCUUCUCGUGGAGACCCUCGCACCCCCAUCUUUGAGGGGUGCUCUCCUUCCCCCUUGCUGCCCUCUGUUGCCUCUGCUGCUGCUGCCGACCUGCUUGGUCUUGAGUCGGUCGGCGCGGCGUCUGCCCCUAGUGGGAGACGUCGCUCUGGCAAGGGCAAGGGGGGCAAGGGCGCGGGUGGAGCUGGAGGGGGCGGUGGCGGUGGCGGCGGAGGCGGCGGAGGGAGUGGGGGUGGCGACGGGAGUAGUGGCGGGGGUGGUGGUGGCGGUGGCAGCAGCGGCGGAGGCGGCGGUGGUGGUGGCAGCGGUGGUGGUGGUGGUGGCAGCGGCGGAGGUGGAGGCGGCGGAGGAGGCAGCGGAGGAGGCGGUGGUGGUGGAGGAGGUGGAGCUGGUCGGGGUGGUACCCAGCAGCGGAGCGGCGGUGGUGGUGGCCAGCGCUCUCAGCAGCAGCGUUCGUGGGACAUCCCUCCGCCUCAGCAGCUUCGUGAGUGGUACACUCAGCGUCAGAGGGGUGGGGGUACUGGUCCUUCCACCUACGUCCUUCGUUCCGGCGACCGCGCGGCGAUCUUUGAUCUUGAUUUUGAUGCUAUCCUUGCUGCUAUGUAUGCUGUGACUAUUAGUGAGGAGACUGAGGGUUACCGGUGUUUCCAGCCCGACCCUGGCAUUGGUACUGCUGCGCUAGGUGCUUGUGAGGCUGCUGCUCUAGGUGCCAGUGCGUCUGCGCUCUCAGGUACUGGUGAGACUGCGCCCUCAGGUACUGCGUCGCCCUCGUCCUCCCUUACUUUCACACUUGACUCUGGGGCUUCUCGCUCCUUCUUUCGAGACCGCACCACCCUUACGCCGCUUGGCCGGCCGGUUGCCGUCUCCCUGGCUGACCCCUCUGGGGGUCCUGUCCUCUCUCACUUCUCCACUGUCCUCCCGUAUCCGGCUGCCCCUUUGGGCACCUUGUCUGGUCUGUACCUUCCCUCGUUCUCUACGAACUUGGUGAGUGGCGCGGACCUGCAGGAUGUGGGGGUUCACCAGUUCACUCCUGCGAGUCAGCGGGUGACCCACUGCACGGAGGCACGCACAGGCCGACACCUGGCCACGUUCUCGCGUCGGCCGGGGUCGAGUCUCUACACCCUGACCGUUGAGUCUCCUCCUGUCCCUGCGUCUGGUCAGGUGGCUGCGUCAGGUCAGGUGCUUGCUGCUGCGUCCCGGUCAGGUCCUGAGUCUGCCCCCUGUUCUUGUCGCCUCCUGUCUCACGAGACUCUCCUGUGGCACCACCGUCUUGGCCACCCCUCCUUGCCCCGUCUUCGGAGCAUGGCUUCCCGUGUCCUUGUCUCUGGUCUUCCCCAGUCUCUCCUUCCCCUUCCCUCCGGGUCAGGACCUUCCUGUGUCCCCUGUGUCGAGGGUCGCCUCCGGGCUGCUCCUCACUCCUCCCAGUUCCCCCCGACCGAGGCUCCUCUGCAGACGCUUCACAUGGACGUGUGGGGCCCAGCCCCCGUCCGUGGGCAGGGUCACGAGCGCUACUUUCUGUUGGUGGUUGACGACUACUCGCGUUACACCACAGUCCUCCCCUUGCGCAGCAAGGGUGCUGUCACUGAGGUGCUGAUCGACUGGAUCCGCGAGGCUCGUCUCCAGCUCAGGAAGAGCUUCGGCUCGGACUUUCCUGUUCUGCGUCUGCACUCGGAUAGAGGCGGAGAGUUCUCCUCGCGCCUUCUGCGAGACUACUGUCGUGCACGAGGGAUCCGCCAGACCUUCACGCUUCCGGAAUCUCCACAGCAAAAUGGGAUUGCUGAGCGCCGCAUUGGCAUGGUCAUGGAUGUCGCUCGUACGUCCAUGAUGCAUGCGGCUGCCCCCCAUUUUCUGUGGCCGUUUGCGGUGAGGUACGCGGCGCAUCAGCUCAACCUUCACCCCAGGGUCUCUCGGCCCGCGAUGUCCCCAGUCUUGCUGUGGACGGGGAAGGUUGGCGAUGCGUCGACGUUCCGUGUCUGGGGAUCUCGGGCGUUUGUCCGCGACUUGUCUGCGGACAAGCUGUCCCCUCGUGCUGCUCCCUGUGUCUUCCUUGGCUUCCCCACUGACGCUCCAGGGUGGCAGUUUUACCACCCCUCCUCUCGUCGUGUUCUGUCCUCCCAGGACAUCACGUUCGACGAGUCAGUCCCCUUCUACCGCCUCUUGCCCUACCGCACUCCUUCCCUAAACCCUCCGCCGGACUUCCUUGUGCCGGUAGACGCAGUUGACCCGGUCGAGGUUACUGGUGACUCUGGUGCUGCUGCGGGUGCUGAGCCUGGGGGUGCUGACUCUGGGGGUGCUGUGCGCGGGGGUGCCGGGCGUGGAGGUGCUGCUACUGGGGGUGCUGAGCCUGGGGGUGCUGGGCCUGGGGAUACUAUUGCGGAGGGUGCUGCGCCGGGGGGUGCUGAGCUGCGCGAGUGGUUUGCUCGCCGCUGGAGGCGUGCUGCUGGAGCUGGAGCUUCUUCGACCGUCGAGGGUGCUGGUGCUGCCGGUCCCGGAGCUGCUGGGCCUGCGGGUCCUCCUGGAGCUGGAGCUGCUGAGGGUGUUGGUGCUGAGACCACUGCUGUCUGUCCUCUCGGUGGUUCUGCUACUGGUACUGCUGGAGGUCCUGCCGCUGGAGGUGUUGGUGGCGCUGGUACUGUCGCUGAGGGUGGUGGUGCUGUCCCUACUGAGUCUGGAGCUGCCGCGCGGCCUCGGCCGUACUUCGUUCCGCUCCUGCAGCAAGUUCUUGGUCUUUCUCCUCCGGUAGAGGGUCCACAGCCUGUCCAGUCGCAGUCACUCUUGGAGCCUUCCUCUCCUCUGCCUGCUCCCUCUCCUUACACUGGUCCUACUGGAGGUCUUACUGAGCGUCGUGAGCCUGCGUCUCGUCCCGCGUCGCCUGUUCGUGCUGCUCGCGCUAGUGGUCGCGGUUCGCGUCAGCGUCCUCCUCCUGUCCCUGGCACGCACCGGAUGUCUCUGCGUCCGUCCACUGCUCCUCUGCGUGCCCCUUUGCCUUCUCCGCCUGAGUCCUCUCUUCCUGCGCUUGCCGACCCUGAGUCGGACUCUCUUCGUGCUGCCAGUCCUACUGUCCCGCGUCUGCUUGCUACUGUCGUCACUGACCCCUCGUUUGAGUCCACUGCUGCAUCUGCUCUUGUCGCUGAACUCGUCGACUUUGCUGCUCGCUGUCGUCUAGACUACGCUGCUAGUCUUGUUGCUGAGUCUGCGUCUGUCUGUCCUCCGUCCGUCGGGGGUGAGUGUGCUCUUGGCACGGACGUCCUAGAGGACAGGCAGGAGGAGUUCCAGUGUCUGGCUGCUGCUUCACCUCAUCUCGCGUCUUGGCAGGCAGCUAUGGAUGCAGAGAUGGCUUCCUGGAAGUCCACAGGCACCUACGUUGACGCAGUUCCCCCUCCUGGGGCGAACAUCGUCAGUGGCAUGUGGAUCUUCCGGGUGAAGCGGCCGCCGGGCUCUCCACCUGUCUUCAAGGCGCGAUACGUUGCUCGUGGCUUCAGCCAGCGGCAGGGAGUUGACUACUUUCAGACCUUCUCUCCCACCCCGAAGAUGACCACUCUUCGGGUGCUGCUGCACAUAGCCGCUCAGCGCGACUACGAGCUUCACUCUCUCGACUUCAGCACUGCGUUCCUGCAAUGUAGCCUGCACGAGGAGAUCUGGCUGCGCCGUCCACCUGGCUUCACUGGGACUUUCCCUCCUGGCACCCAGUGGAGCCUCCGACGGCCAGUCUACGGUCUCCGCCAGGCACCGCGUGAGUGGCACGACACACUGAGGACUACGCUUGCGGCUCUUGGGUUUGCUCCUUCUACUGCUGACCCGUCGCUGUUUCUGCGCACCGACACUUCUCUGCCGCCGUUCUACAUCCUCGUGUACGUCGACGACUUGGUCUUUGCCACAGCGGACACUGCUGGACUCGCCUACGUGAAGUCCGAGCUGCUGAAGAGACACACGUGCACAGACCUGGGUGAACUGCGCAGCUACCUUGGCUUGCAGAUCACUCGGGACAGAGCACGCCGCACCAUUACCUUGACUCAGUCACACAUGGUGCAGCAGGUCCUUCAGCGCUUCGGCUUCACGUACUCCUCGCCUCAGGCCACUCCUCUGUCUACUCGUCACUCGCUCUCGCCUCUGCCUUCGGAUGAGUCCGUAGAGUCGAGUGGCCCGUACCCAGAGCUUGUUGGCUGCCUCAUGUACCUGAUGACCUGCACACGACCUGACCUUGCAUACCCUCUGAGCAUUCUUGCACGCUAUGUUGCUCCUGGGAGACACCGACCAGAGCACAUGGCUGCAGCGAAGAGGGUGUUGCGCUACCUGUGCAGUACGUCGGGCAUGGGGCUAGUGCUUGGAGGGCUGAGUCCAGUGGUCCUUACAGGGCACGCGGACGCUUCUUGGGCUGACGACCAGGCUACGCAGCGGUCGUCACAGGGUUACACCUUCAGUCUUGGUUCCGGCUCUUUCUCGUGGCGGUCUACUCGCUCGUCUUCGGUUCUCAGCUCCAGUUGUGAGGCUGAGAUCUACGCUGGGGCCAUGGCUGCACAGGAGCUUCGCUGGCUCACCUACCUGCUGACUGACCUUGGAGAGCCGCCUCGUUCUCCUCCAGUGCUGUACGUAGACAACAAGGCCAUGCUGGCCUUGUGUCGAGAGCAGCGCUUGGAGCACAGAACGAAGCACAUUGCUCUCCGCUACUUCCUUGCUCGUGAGCUGCAGCAGCGUGGUCAGUUGCGACUUGCGUACGUGGCCUCUGAGGCCAACAUUGCUGAUGUGUUCACCAAGGCACUCGCGCCUUGUGACCAUCAGCGCUUCUGCACCCAGCUGGGUCUUGUGCCUGUCUUGCCUCACUUGCUCUCUUCUUGA